AUGGCCGACAAACUCCGCAACCAGCAAGAACUUGAGCGCCUCCAGGCCAAGUACGUCGGCACAGGACACCCCGACACAACCAGUUGGGAGUGGAAGACAAACAUCUACCGCGACACGUACUCUUCCAUCGCCGGCCACCCCCCGAUGCUCUCAUACAUGGCACUGGCCGAGAACGAGCCUACACAGCUGCUCCGGGCGAGGUUGAUCAGGAAAAUGAUGCAACCUGCCGGUCCACCACCAGCACGCGAGGAUUAA